CUUAACCGAGAGACCGGUUCGGGGAGAAGGGUGACUCCGUGAAGUGCGGUAACUCCGUAAACUCCGCAGUAUAUUCAUCGUCACAAGCUCUUCAGGCGAACCCAGGUGAUCUCUGCAAUGCCGAGACACAAUCACUAUCCUCUUGAACGCACCUCUCGCUAUGACAAGGUUGUCGACAAUUCGCGCUGCAAAUGCUGCUCUCAAGGCCGAGCGGCGCAGCGGCGUCGUCGCAAUUUUCGUUGGCGCCACCAGCGGCAUUGGACUCCACACGCUCGAGACGACGGUGACGCUUUUCGAUGACCCGACCAUCUACGUACUCGGCCGGUCUGAAGCGAAGUUCUCAGUCAACCGUGCAAAGCUCGAGCAUCUCAGCCCCAAGGCGAAAAUCAUCUUCUUGCAGGUCGAUGUGUCCCUGGUGGCAGGCGUGGACAGCGCCUGCGACCGGAUCGCCGCGGCCGAGACCAAGGUGGACUACCUAUACAUGAGCGCCGGGCUCAUCCCGCUCAACGGGCCGCAGUACACAAAGGAGGGCCUCGAUAUCUGCUUCGCCCUCUCUUACUACACUCGCAUCCGUUUCAUCCAGAAGCUCGUGCCCCUCCUACGCAAAGCUCCAAGCCCCCGCGUGCUCAGCGUUCUUGCCGCCGGUCGCGAAAGGAAAAUGGUCGAGGAUGACCUCGGCCUGGAGGACAAGAAGAACUAUGCGACACGGGCCGCCAUGACCCACACCACAACGAUGACGAGCCUUGCUUUCGAGUAUUUAUCGCAGCAACAUAAAGACAUCGUUUUCCUGCAUGCCUACCCCGGGCUGGUACGGACCGACAUUUUCGCCCGGCUGGAGGCGCCGCCGGGGAGCAGCCUGCUGCGGAAACUCGUCGUCUUCUUCGUCAGCAAAGGGGUGACGGCGCUGAUGUGGCUGUUCGGUAUGCCGCCCGAAGAGAGCGGCGAGCGGCAGGCAUGGCACCUGACAUCCACCGUGUUUGAGAAAGGAAAGUUGCACCAGAUUAACCAGAAAAGCGACGAGAUCGCCCCGGGAGACAUGCAGGUGUUCGAGGACUACAAACAGCGUGGCUGGCCUGAGAGGGUGUGGGAGUACACCAUGAGAGUCUUGGAGAGGGCUGUGGCUUCCACAUCUGGGUCUUAACUGGCAGGGAGGCUUUCUCUAUUUUGAGUGCAAGAGGUAGUGAUCAAUUAAUGUAGCUGCUAAUAGUGGCAUGGCCAAGAUAUUCAUAGCCCCCUUUCCAC